AUGAAGUUGUUGGCUCAUGCGCUGUUUGCGUUCUUUACCUUCUGCAAUGCACUAAAAGCAGACGAGGUCAAAGAGGCACGUUACAUCGACGAAAACGCACUUAAAGCCAUUUUGGAUCUGACACGUCAAGGGAAGCCCCCAAAUCCUGUUGUCGCACUGAAACCACAAUACCCGUACCUCACGCAGCAGGAAAAGCUUACGCUACAGGGCGAGCGCCAAACCCAUUAUCCACUGCAACCAGUGAACGUUGAGUAUGCCUUGUUGCCACAAUCGAUACUUACACAAACGCGUCCCGCAACGCCAACCAAAGACGCGCUGGUCGAUGUGAAACCGAUCUACAUCCCAUAUCCGCUCAAAAAUCAUCCCACCUUCACACAAGCCGCUUAUCAGGCGUUUAGCGGCUUACCAGCGAUCGCUGCACUGCCACAGUCGAAACUCAACUAUGUGACCAGCUUUCCAAUUUAUAAUCCACCGCCACCACCGGCGGAACAAACGAAAGCGCCCACAUAUUUUACCACUUACCCAACACUGGAACAUAAACACACUUUGGAACAUAACAAGCAACCGGCGUACCAACACCACACCUAUCCAAAUCUUUUUGCAUACGCCAAUCAGGCAACCAAUCAGUUGAUACAUCAGCAAGCGCGCCCCGAUCAUUCUUAUCAAAGUUUUGCCACCACCAAUUCACCGUCAUUUAUCAUCAUCAAUCCCUCAAAUUAUCCCAGUUAUCAUUAUUAUGCGCCCACCAAUUACACUUUUCCACGCGCGGUUGCUAUAGAAGACGAACCUUUGGAGCCCAUAGAAGCGGAGCAGGAAAUUGCGGACAAUAAUCGUGAUUUGCGUUUGGAAACUGUUCACUCAAGUCAGCCUGGUAGCGAUGGUUCGGCGAUAGAAAUAGAACCUAUUUUUACUGCUACGCCAAACCAGCUCACUAAUGAUGAACGAGUCCUGGCACAAGCUUUGCUGGAACAAACUCGUCAACUAGAGAAUCUUAAUGCAUUGGUGGAGCUCUUCAAGCGUGAGCAGUUGAAGCGCCGCAUGCAGGAGCGUGUGGCGGCUUUCUAUUUCAGAAAUUAUAAUGUGAAUAAGAAGUGA